GCGCGCGCAACAGACUCCAGCCGCGGAAGUUGAACGGUGUGAACGGAGAGUAGCUGGAGAAAAACCAAAAACAAUAAGCGCAAAUGAAUUAACUUUUAAGAUAUUUUUCUACAAUGCUUGGCUUUAGUCGUACAGUGUGUUCUUCAUUAUCAUCUUUGGAAACGUGUCAGGCCUACCUAAACACAGGGAUUGACAUUGCAACCAAUCUGGCCCUCGAGUUAACGGAAGCAGGAGGAAGUGUAGAAGAUGUGAACAAAUUGGAGCAGAUGGUUUUAAAAUCUGUUGCUGCAAGUCAAGAUCUUACUAACUUUACAAAAGCAGUGCAACAAGCUACAGCCCAGAUAAAAAAUGAACCACCAGAAAGCAUGUCUGAACUAGUUCAAGAAAAGUAUGUUGCACUUCAGGCAGCCUCUAAGGAUUUAUUGCUAAAAGAUGAAAAAUUUAUCAAAUUUAAGGAAAACCUGAAAGAAGCAAGAAGACAAGCUGGACUCAUUAAGAAUAAUGAGGAAGAUGAUCAAGAAGAUCUUGAUGACGACAUUGCUGUUACUCAGAGUCAGAAGAAUUUCACUUGUCCUAUUACUCAGGUAGAAAUGGUACAUCCGGUGAAAAACAAAAUCUGCAAUCACCACUAUGAAGAGGAGGCUAUUCUCAAAAUUAUAAACAAUAGACAGAAACAAAAAAAGACUGCACGAUGUCCGGUGGUUGGUUGUGACAAUACAAAUAUAAAACCGUCUGACCUGAUACAGGACCUAACACUCAAGAGAGUAAUUGACAAGCAAAAGAAGCAUGAUGGACAUGUUUAACUUUGGAAUAUGUAAAUCAAAUGUAUUGUGUUUUUAAGGUAAUAUUUUGAAAUAGCAAAAACAUAAAAAAUGUAAAUUUCCAUUGUUGAAAGCCUUAAAAUUAAUUAAUUUAAUCUUUUUAAAAAGCCACAGACAUUUUUCGUGGUGUAUUAGUAAGCUGUUUCACUUACUUUAACCUGCAAGAGAACACAUUGCAAGGAGUAGGAGAAUCACUUACACUGACCCAGCAAAAACAAGUUGUGUGAACUACUAGACUAACUCUAUAUAUUGCAGCAGAUCACUCUGAUUAGUGUUUGAAAUGAGGUGUCUAGAAAAGAAUGUACUUUUUUCUUGUGUGUUAUACUUCUCUUUAAAACAAUUGAAAAAUAUAAUGCCUUUAAGCAGUGAGGAGACAGUUUUAGUACUGGGCAUUAUGGAUAAGCAGUUUUGAAAUGUAAGGUUAAGUCUGCAUUUAUUUUAAGAAGUAGCACAUGCAACAUAUUUGCAUCAUCUGUGUGUGUAUAUAUAUAUAUAUAUAUAUAUAUAUACAGUAUAAUUACUUGUUAAAUAUUUUUUAACACUGUGAAGCUGGUAAUUUUGCAAUUUAGAUAUUAGCAUAGAACACUUCCUGAAGCUGCGGUGGGCUGGAGCCCUGCCUGGGAUUUAUUCCUGCCUUGCACCCUGUGUUGGCAAGGAUUGGCUCCAGCAGACCCCCGUGACCCUGUGUUAGGAUAUAGCGGGUUGGAAAAUGACUGACUGACUAAAACUUCCUGAAGAGAUUCCUUUGACUAUUCCAUAAAGUCACGGAACAGUAUUGUAAUGGUACAGAAAUUUCACUUAACUACACUUGUACUUUUUUCCAUUUUUCAGUAAUUGUACAUAAAAAUGUAUUGUUGUUGGAAAUCUUUACUAAACUGUAUUGUUUUAAAAAUUAUUAAAAUUGUGAAUAUUUGGAAA